UAUACAGGUCAACCAUUGGUUAUAACUCACAAUGGUGCAAGUGGAAUCUAUCCUGGAAGCACUGAUAUUGCUUAUAAACAAGCAGUAGAUGAUGGUGCAGAUAUCAUUGAUUGUUCCGUUCAAAUGUCAAAAGAUGCCAUUUUAUUUUGUUUAGACUCAGCAGAUCUUUCAGGAAGCACAACCGCAAUGCCUAAAUUCAUGUCGAAGUCUACAACAAUACCUGAGAUCCAAAACAACACUGGAAUCUUCACAUUCGAUCUCACUUGGAUUGAAAUCCAAAGCUUGAAACCUAAUUUGGUUAGCCCCUACUCAUCACUUGGUUUGGUAAGAAAUCCAGCCGCUAAGAACAUGGGCAAAAUCCUGACAUUAUCUGAAUUCCUAUCCUUUGCCAAAAACAGUAGUGUUCCAGGCGUCUUAAUCAAUAUUAAGAAUGCUCCCUAUCUAGCAUCAAAGAAGGGUCUAAGUAUAGUCGACGCCGUUUCGACUGCAUUGGUUAAUGCGAGCUAUGACAAAGACAAAACAAAGAGAGUUUUAAUCCAGUCUGACGACUCUUCAGUUCUUUCAGCAUUUAAGAAGAAGAACACCUUCUAUGAAUAUGUUCUCUUGAUUCCAGAGCAAGUCGGCGAUGCACCAAAGCCAACUGUGGAUGAGAUCAAACAAUUUGCUAAUGCUAUUAAUGUUAUAAGAUCGUCUCUAAUGGCUUAUGAUGGUGCUUUCAUUUCUCAUUACACCGACAUUACAACGGAGAUGCAUAAAUCAAAUAUAUCUGUUUAUGUAUCUGUGCUCAGAAAUGAAUUUACAACGAUAGCUUACGAUUUCUUUUCAGAUCCAAUAGUUGAAAUUGCUACAUUUGUUGGUGGAAUUGGUGUGGAUGGUCUAAUCACUGAAUUCCCUGCAACAGCAAGAGCAUACUUGAGGACUCCAUGCUCAAAUCUCAAUGCUAAGCUUUCCUACACAAUCUUACCAGCAGAGGCUGGAGGUCUAGCCGGGCUGGCUGCGCCUGAGGCCCUACCUCCGGCUCAAUCACCAGAACCUCCUCUCAGGCCUGUAGAUGUGGUCGACCCGCCACUUCCAGAUGUUGCUAAUCUUGCAAAUCCUGCUCAGGCACAGACACCAGGUUCGGAGCCAAAGGAAAGUGGUCAGCUUUCAAAUGCAAGUUGA